GUGGCUGCACAUCGCCCAGAGACACCGCGGCGUCUCUGAUAACAUACUACAUACAAUUUCACUUGUUUAUUAAACGAUAGCUCGCCAGCUAGCGUAUUCCCAAAACGACGUUGCCCUUUCCACAAUGAACGGCCAACUCAACGGUUUCCAUAACGCGCUCAUUGAUGAAGACUGCUUCCUCUUUACCUCCGAGUCCGUCGGGGAAGGGCACCCAGAUAAGAUCUGUGACCAAAUCAGUGAUGCUGUGCUAGACGCCCAUCUCAAGCAGGACCCCGAUGCCAAAGUGGCAUGCGAAACUGUGGCUAAGACGGGGAUGAUCCUCCUGGCGGGGGAGGUCACCUCCAGGGCCAACGUUGACUAUCAGAAGAUUGUCAGGGAGACAAUCAAGUACAUUGGCUAUGACGAUUCCUCUAAAGGUUUUGAUUAUAAAACCUGCAAUGUAUUGGUGGCUUUGGAGCAGCAGUCUCCUGACAUUGCUCAGGGUGUUCACUGGGACCGCAAGGAGGAGGAUGUGGGCGCUGGUGACCAGGGUCUAAUGUUUGGAUAUGCCACCGAUGAGACUGAAGAAUGUAUGCCGCUGACAAUUGUGCUGGCUCACAAGCUUAAUAUCAAGAUGGCUGAAUUACGUCGAAAUGGAACACUUACAUGGCUCCGACCCGAUUCCAAAACUCAGGUGACUGUUCAGUACAGACGGGACCGUGGUGCCAUGAUCCCAAUGCGUGUGCACACUAUCGUAGUCUCUGUGCAGCAUGAUGAGGGUAUAGGCUUGGACGAGAUGCGUGAUGCUCUGAAAGAGCUGGUAGUGAAGGCUGUCGUCCCCGAUGCCUAUCUGGACGACGAUACGAUUUACCACAUGCAACCCAGCGGUCGAUUCGUCAUUGGAGGGCCACAGGGUGAUGCUGGUCUGACAGGUCGUAAGAUCAUUGUAGAUACUUACGGAGGUUGGGGAGCCCAUGGUGGAGGAGCUUUUUCCGGAAAGGACUACACAAAGGUGGACCGCUCUGCUGCCUAUGCCGCUCGCUGGGUGGCCAAGUCUCUUGUGAAAGCCCAUCUCUGCAAGCGUGUUCUGGUCCAGGUGUCCUAUGCCAUUGGGGUUGCCCAUCCCCUUUGCAUUGCUAUCUUUCACUAUGGGACCUCCCAGAGGAGUGAGAGAGAACUGCUGGAUAUUGUAAACACAAACUUCGACCUCCGUCCGGGGGUCAUUGUCAGGGAGCUUGACCUGAAGAAGCCCAUCUACCAGCGCACUGCAGCCUAUGGCCAUUUUGGCCGGGAUGGCUUCCCCUGGGAGGUGCCCAAGAAGCUCAAAUACUGAUUCAUUACCUUAGUCUCCUGUUGGGCUGUAAUUGUUAAUACAGAGAAAUUUACAUGCCCAGCAGGGGGCAGCAUUUUCCACAGUUUUCAAUUCUGUACCCCAGCCUCAGCCACAAAGAAUGAUGUCCUCCCCUGUCCUUACCUCCCCUCCUCCCUUUACUUUUUUAAAGAGACAGCAACAGGAGUUCCGAUUACAAAAUAACAAACGGGAUGAAUGUGGAUGGGUCUGGUAUAUAUUAUCACAAACGAAUCAAUUUUGAGCAUUUAGCAAGGGUAAUAGACUAUUAGUGUUUCUGACAUAAUCGAAAACGUAAUGGGGUAUCUGACAGAUUUUUUUAACAGUUGUACUGCCCAAUGUUUCUCUCUUAAACCCCAAAUCUCAAUAAAAUCUAAAAGGCUUUUCAUGGUUUGACAUUUUCUGUUGCUUUCUCUUUAAUCACCUUGCUUUCUGUAAAAAGUCAUUUUUGUUACCUCCUGACCUGCUUGUGUUAAUGGUACUUUGCCUUUAUAGAAAUGUCCGUUCUAUCAUUUCCACAAUAAUCCGUGGUUUGACCCCGGGGGGAAAUUGCAAUAGUAAUUAAUCAAGGUUUUAUGUGAUCUAUAGAGACAUCCAGAUAACGUAUUAAAAAUAUACCAUUCUAUACUUAGUGGAUCAAGGUGAAUUCAGGGGUUGAAAUUUGGGGCCGUCAUGUCACGGCGUCACACAGAGAAGUGUGCAUCUCUCCUUUUUAACAUGCUAUUUUCCUACGAUGUAUGUCUAUACAUUGGUCUUCUAUGGUGUUCUUUCACAUACAACCAUCAGCGAUGACCUGUUUUGAAUGUGUAUGUGCACGUUUGGGGAUACCCUUGCCCCAAAACGACCUUUUUUUUAAAAAUACAAAUAAAGUUGGUC